CAAAUGAAAGCAAUAAAAAUAUAUUAAUUAUAAUUUUUUUAUAAUUUUAUAACUUUUUUAUAACUUUUUUUAAUCGUGUUUUUAUAUCCCGAGUAUUCUUUUUAUAAACUACAAUUUGGACUUAAUCACUUUUAGCUCAAAAUUAUACAAAAUGCCUUCAAUAGAAAAGAUCCGGGAAAAUCGUUCAAACAAAACAAAGAAGUCUAAACCUGAAAUUGCAUUAACAAGAUCAAAUGUUGAAAUAGAAACCAGUAAAUCGAAAGCAAGAAAAGUUACAGUGGAGUCCAAAAAACGAAGUGAUUUACCCAGAACAUCAGACCUUAAAUCCAGAACAAAUUUAGAAUUGUUGACAAGUGGCAGCAAAUCCAUUGAGAGACAAACGUUAGGGGUGCCCAAAAAGAAUCAAUUUACAAACAAUGAGUUCUUGCAAAAAGUUAUAUCGGAAAUUGACUCAAAAGGAUCAUCAUCAGAAUCCGAGGAAUUCCCAGAAAUUUUAGAGGAGGAAGUACCACAAGAAUUUAUCACUUUAGAGGGUACAGAAAAAUUGCUACAAUUUGAAACACUUUUCGUAGAAGAUAUAUCGUCUGAUGAAGAACUAGAUCAUUUGAAAGAAAAUAAGUUCGAACAGGAGUUAUUUGAAAUAUUCGAAAAUGUACCCGAAAUAGAUGAAGUCUCACUGGCCCCUACAGAAGAUUUGGUGAUUAAAUAUCCAAUAACUUUAGAAAUCGACCAAACUAUUUCGAAAGAUACAGGAAAAUUUGUUAAUCCUUUAACAGGAACAAAAUCCUCAUCUUCUGCCAGCCUAAGUACACUAACUAAGGAGGAUGAAGAUCAUAACAGUAUAGAAGAAAGUGAAUUAGAAGAAACCGAAAAGGAGGAAAGAAUAUCUCAGGACUAUAAAAGUGAUAUUACGAUUGUCGACCUAGUAGAAACUGCUGAUGAAUUUGAUGAUGUCCCCGCGGGAGCUAAAACUUAUGAUGAUGAGGAUUUGCUUAAAAAUUUUUUUGAAAAAGGUCAAGAAAUUGAAGUAAAGGAUCUAGAUGAAUAUCAUGAAGCCAAAGUUGCCCUAAUGCGUAAAGAACAGGAGCGUCUUAUUCUACAACACACAUCGGAUUUUCUAAAUAAAUUAAUAGAUCAUUGUGUGGCAAAAGCCGAAUAUAUGGACUCUAAUAUAAUAUUAAGAAAAAAUCUAGAUAAAAGUAAAUUAUUGGAUGAAAUUAAAGCUAAAUAUGAGCUAUUAGAAGUGGAAAGAAGAGUAAUGCGAUUUCUAAAUCGUAAAUGUGUAGAACAUUUUAAACGUAAAUGUUCCUUUCGCCUAAUUACAGCUGACGAUCCCAAAACUUAUAGCAACGAUAGUAAAAAUUAUUAUAAUGCUCUUGAUAAUCUAGAUAAAUUGUUAAUUACAGAAGACAGAACCAAAAGUCUAUGUUCAGCUCAAGUUCUGGAAACAAGAGAGCAAUUUAAAGAGAAAAAGCAACAGACCCAAACGGAAGUAGAUCAACUAGAAGAAUUGAUUAAGACAACAUUUCAACGUGAAAAUUUCGAUAAGCUGAAGACUUCGUUGAGUAAACAUUUAGAUAAAAUGUCUGUGAUUCGAAAAGAAAUUUCGGAUGUUCGUUUUAGACUUUUGUUGAAACAACAUGAUGUUUCAGAACUCGGCCAGCAAAGAAAAAUAUUGGAAAAUCUGGGCAAUGAUUUGCACUUGACGCAAUAUGAAACUAUGGAAACUGAAACGAAUGUCUUAAGUAAAAAACUAGAGGAACGAAACUCCGCUCUUAUAAGACUCCACAAACAUUACAAUUCCGAUCUUCAUACCAUGGCCCAUUUAAAGGAGAAUCAAAAAAUGCUACGACACAUUGUAAGCGUAAAAAAGAAAUAUUUGAGAAAAUUACUAAUACAAAAGAACACCUGUCGAACAUUUAUCUCGGAACUUAAACUUAAACGACAGAAAAUAAGAUCCGAUAUACGUAAUGUUAGCUAUCAAAGUGGACUACUCGAUAAGCCUAUUUUAAUGAGAGACUAUGAUGAAACCGAAGAGAAGGCAAACAAAUUACGUCAAACUAUUGAGGAUUUAAAAAAUACUAUUGAAGCAUUAACCACUAAAAUCGGUGUAUUAGAGAAAAAAGUAUAAAAAAACGUUGAUUUUACCGUAGGAACUUAUAAUUUAACAAUUAGGUUUUAUAAGUGAUAAAAUUUGUAAAUUAUUUGCAUAAAAAAUAAAUCU